AUGAAUAUCCUUGCAUGUGAUCAACCCAUGGUGGUGGCUAUUUAUUGCGGAGAGUCAAAACCUCCAUUACAAGAAUUUUUGCCUGAAUUUGUAACGGAACUAAAUGAGAUUUUGGAAACAGGAAUUCAAGUUAGUCAGAUUAGGGUAAAAGUAAAAAUUAGGUAUUUUGUAUGCGACACUCCAGCACGAAGCUUUAUUAAAGGAACUGUAGGCUUUAAUGCGAAGCAUGGUUGUAUAAAAUGCACUGUUACUGGAGAAUAUGAUAAAGAUGAAAGGCAUAUGAGUUUCUCAAAAGUUGAUUGCCCUUUAAGAACGGAUGAAAGUUUUCGUAGGGCUCUAGAUGAAGAUCAUCACAAAGAAGAAUCUUCAUUAAUAAAACUGCCAAUAUAUAUGGUUGAAGAUAUAAUCAUAGCAGAUUCCUUACACCUAUUUGCUACCUACCUUUUAGGUAGGUAG